AUGGGCAUCCAGGGCCUUCUCCAGUUUAUCAAGGAAGCUGCGGAGCCUUCCCACGUGAAGAAAUACAAAGGAAUGGCGGUAGCUGUGGACACCUACUGCUGGCUGCACAAGGGCGCCUAUGCUUGUGCUGAGAAGCUGGCCCGGGGAGAGCCCACGGAUUUUUAUGUAGCUUUCUGUAUGAAACUUGUUCAUAUGCUCCUCUCAUUUGGAAUUAAACCAAUUUUGGUAUUUGAUGGAUGUACCCUGCCCUCUAAGAAGGAAGUGGAAAAGGCACGACGAGAGAGGCGUCAAGCCAGUCUUCUGAAGGGGAAACAAUUGUUGCAGGAAGGGAGGCUGUCAGAGGCUAGAGAAUGUUUUGGGCGAAGUGUAAAUAUUACCCAUGCUAUGGCUCAUGAAGUUAUUAAAGCUGCACGAGCCCAGGGAGUUGAUUGUAUUGUUGCUCCUUAUGAAGCUGAUGCUCAGCUGGCUUAUCUUAAUAAGAUUGGCAUGGUUCAAGCUAUAAUUACGGAAGACUCUGAUCUUUUAGCUUUUGGAUGUAAAAAGGUGUUUCUGAAAAUUGACAAGUUUGGAAAUGGACUAGAGAUAGAUCAAACUCGACUGGGAAACUGCAAGCAGCUUGGAAAUGUAUUUACAGAAGAGAAAUUCCGCUACAUGUGUAUUCUUUCUGGUUGUGACUACCUCCCUUCGAUUCAUGGAAUUGGGUUAGCUAAAGCAUGCAAGUUACUAAAAUUAGCCAACAAUCCAGAUAUUAUAAAGGUUAUCAAGAAAAUGGGGCAGUACUUGAAGAUGAAUAUAACAGUACCCGAAGAAUACAUACAGGGUUUUACACGAGCUAAUAAUACAUUCCUGUAUCAGUUAGUUUUUGAUCCUGUCCACAGAAAAUUAGUUCCUCUGAAUGCAUAUGAAGAUGAUAUUGAUCCAGAAACACUAACUUAUGCAGGACGACACAUUGGUGAUGAUGCUGCUUUUCAAAUUGCUAUUGGCAAUGUUGAUAUCAAUACAAUGGAACAAAUUGAUAGUUAUAACCCUGACACGGCACAGCCUGUGCAGCAGAGAAGUUGUGGCUGGAAUGACCGACGUGAUAAUCAUGUCAAUAGCAUUUGGAGCAGAGAAUACAAGUUUGGCCCCACUGAAGAUCCUGCUCCUCCUAAAAUGCAUUUCCCGGAGAAACCAUUAACCAAAGGCAUGGAGAAAAUAGUUAGUGUUAAAGGACUAAAGCUUGCAGGCAAAGAGCUCUUGUCAAAAAGGCCAAGGAGUGAUUCAGAAGAAAUCUCAGAUGGAGAUCUGUUUAAGCAAUAUUCAUUUUCAAAAACAAAAAGAAUCAAGAAGGAGAAUGAUAAUGAUGGCCAAGCACAAAAGAGUGUGUCAGCAAUACAAAGCCUUGAUUCUCCAGGAAUUUCCAUCACUCAAGAAAGCUCUAACUCCCUACCCAGAGUUAGAAAUAAAUUUGCUUCAUUUUUACAAAGGAAAAACAAAGAGAAGGGUGCUGUAAUUGUUCCAGGAACAAGAAGCAGGUUUUUCUGCAAUGAUGCAGAUAUGUUUGACAGUAGAGCAAAGAAGGAAGGUUGUGAUCUAAUUCAGGAUGCUGAGCAGGAUUGCCAGAAACAGGAAGUAAAACAUGUAGCUGAAGAUGUUUCUAGGUUUUCAGAAACUGAAAAAUCAUCACGGACUGUCUUUACACCUCCUGGAGAAAUGCAGAAAAGUUGUUCCCAGGGGUUUAGCGGCCUCAAAAGUAACUCAGGAAAUCUUGGUCUACCUCACGCUGUAUUUUCACAGCAGUUUUACCAACAGAGAAACAACUGCAUUGUAUCGCAGGAAGAUCAGAUUAAUGAGGCAGUGUGUGAUGAAUCGGAGGAAGAGUCCUCCCCCUUAAUAGAACUGGAACAGUCAUCCCAGUCUCAUGGGUCUUUUGAGCCAUCAGAAUGCAGUUUGGAGUCUUCAGAAAUCCUGCAAGUGCCCAACAACAGCUUAGGUGCAAAGGAAUCUGAUUCUAGUUCAAAACCGAAUGAUGAUCAGUGUUCUCUGUCUGUGCUAUUUUCUGCUGUUCAAACUAACAAAAAAAAUACAAUCAUAAAGACCAAGGUUCCUGGAUUACGUAAAUCCAGUAAUAUAAGGUCACAUAUGGUAACAAAGCUCAAGCCAUUGAUACCUGCUAAAGUAAGUGGACUAAGCAGGAAACUGUCACCUGUGCAGAAGAGAAAGGACUGUGAUACUGAAAAUAAGCUGGGGCUGCAAUCCACUAUUGGGGAACUCUGGAAAAGCUUCCAAUUUAAAAGAGAGUAUGAAAAACUUCCUUCUUAUAGAAAGUCAGAUCCUUUGUCUCCAAUCAAAGAUAAUAUACAGCUCACUCCAGAAACAGAAGAAGAAAUCUUUAAUCAUCUGGAACAUAGUCAUGUUCAGAGAGCUAUAUUCCAGUGAACUGCAUGCUGUUCAUGAUGGGAUGGAUUUUUAAUCAUUGUCAAAAUUUACCUUUGGAUAUUUCAUCAAUAUAUAAAAGAUGCUUUGAAAACCAGCAAUGUACUUUAGUCUGACUAGUGAUUUAUCAUCUCUUUUAUUAAAGCAUGAAUUCAAAGGUACAGUUCUAUACUGACUGGAAUAAAAUAAUUCAUAUUUCUCUGUUCUCUUACUCAAAGUCCCCACGCUAAAUUUUUCUCCAAACACUUUCAGUUGUCCCUGGGCAUUUGUAUGUCUCAUACAAUCCAAGUUGCUACAAGAGCAGCAGAAAAAGUUUGUGUCUUAAUUUGUAAUAAUUGAUAUUUUUUGCCACUUUCUUUUUUCCUCUUGAGGCUAAUCUGGCUUCACUACAGGUUUAAAACUGCUGUUAAGUGUGCAUGACAGUCUGCAGUAUACUUCCAGCAGUCUGAUAACUGUUUCUUUUCCCUGUAAGGUAAGAUUUGCUCUCUAGACAGUUGGCUUUCUGUUUGGUUCAGUCAUGUUGGCGGUAGGAAUAACUGGGGAAAGGAAGUGCAGAAAGGAAUAUCACAAAUAUCUGGUCCCCAAAUUGCCACAUUAAUAGAAUGCAAUCCAAAAAAUUAACAUGUAUUCUUCUGUUUAACAUGUCUGUUUCACAUUUAUAUUCUUUUCUAAGAACAGACACCCAAAAUGCCAGUCCUCAGAGGUAAGGUUACAAAAUAGCAUUGUCAUCACAACAGGCCAUGCUUCAGUGUUCAACUAAAGAAAGAGACUGGAGCCCUUGCUGUGUUUGACUCAAUUACCAUGAAAUAGCAUGAUGGGAUUUCAGAUUUUUACCCUGCAAAUCAGGAUUUGAGUCACUGUUAAAGGUAUGUUUGGAACUUUCCUAUUUUUAGGAGUGGAUAGUAUUUCUGCAGCAGAUGAAGGUACAAAAAGAUAUCUUAACCUGUGAAAUAUAGUUUCUAUUCCUGAAAUUAAUGCUUUCCCUCAGCCUUUGAGCUUUUUGCAAGAGUUUCAAGUUUGAAAUUACCUAUGAGAGGCAGAGGUUUUUAGGUUGCAAUGUACUUUUUUAUUUUCUCUCUUAAGAGAAUUUCCAUCUAUGAAACUGAAGUGAUCACCUGAAUUAAAUUACAAAGAAGCUGCUUAAAAGAAAAAAUUUGAUCCUCAAAUUUGUGGGAUCAGCCCUCUUAUUUCUACAUUUGUGUUGAAGGUAUGGGAUACAAGGAAUUGAAGCAACGAUGGUCUAGGACAGGCUUUCUCUCCUAUGUGCACCGCCAGAAAAUCCCUACCACUGAAAAGCAAUAUUUUAAUGUUGAUCUUCAGAGAGGACUGUCUCAGGUAGGAUAUUACAAAUGUAGGCCAGGGAUAAAUGUUUGUGUUUCCAGUCAUAGAACUGUUGCCUGGGAUGAAUUUUUAUGUGCUCCUACAAAUAUAAUAAAAAUUACAGAAUGAGUCUUUGAAGGGAAAACAGAAAAACAGUCUGUUUUCAUCCAUUGCUUAUUUAUUGGUGUUGGAGUUGCAAGGUUUUUAGUACAGUACAUCCUUGCCUUUUUCCUGCCUCUUCAGAGUCAAAGGGCCACUUGUUCCUGCUUUAGUGGAUCAUCAUAAGAGACAAACCACUUGUUUUUGUGCUAUCAAGGACAGGUGAUUUUAAGGGAUUGUCUUAUGUGCAAGCUACACUGUAUGUUCUUAAAGCAGAUUUCUUAAAAAUACUUCUGUAUAGUUCCUGAUCUGUGUUUUUGAGGUCUUGGGUACUGACUUCACAUUUCAGAGGAUUCUUUUCAGGAAUAGAGGCAUCUGAUACAUUACAUGUAAACAUGUAACAUGUGUAAGCAUAUAAUAGCAUUUAAGUUUUAUACUUCUAAUGGAGAGUUAUUGUGUUGGUGUUUGCUCUGUGGAAGGUACAAGAACAUAAAUGCAAAUGAAUUGGUGCAAGACUUCAUUCCUGAGUUUAAUAGGGUAGGGUAAUAUUCCAUAGUAAAAAUUAUUACAUAUCAGAAUAGGAGAAAAUAUUACAGGUUAUGAUGGCAUGGGGAGGAUAAAAUAUAACACCAUGAAAAGAAAAAGGAAAAAAAACACAGAGGAAAGAGAGUUUGGUGAUUUUAAAAAAGCAGGCAUUUAAAAGCUUAAUAGUUGGAAAACAAGUGAGUAGGAAGAAUUGAAAGCAAAUGGCAAACAAGGCAUGACUGUGUGUUGCUUGCUUUAUAAUCUCAUAAAAUAGUAAAUAUACCUUUUAAUAUCUAUAACUAAUAUUUCUAAUUUUAUCAGCAGGACUUCAGAGUAUUUUUACAAAAUUUAUGGCAUUGCUAAACUACAUUAAAAGGGUAAAUCUGGCCCAGAAAAACUAAAUUUACUGAUGGUGGUCUAAUCGAGCUUCACUUUUGAAAGUGCUGGCUGGCCAUUCCUUCAUCAGAAUUCUCAUAUGAUCUAUAAAUAUGCAGUAUCACAGAGAACUAAUGUGAGAGUGUGAUCAUCCAAAUCCAGACAUGGUUUUAAAACUAUAGGUGACUUGUCCAAAUUCAACUGAGUAUUUCUGCUUAAAUCUUUUCAUUCCUUCUCGCACAAAUCAAUACAGUAGAGUCAUUUUUAUGAAUGCAUGUGAUUAAGGAUGUUUUGAGGUCAAUUAGCAGCUAUUAGCAUCCUUUUUUUUUAACAAUUAGCCAAUUCUGUUAAACUAAGUACAAUUUUAGAUAUUUCACCUCACCAUUUUUUCUCCAAUAAAGUUGAUUUUAAAUUAGCUAAUGCUAACUUUAGUGUAUUAAAACCACUUUCUUUAGCAAACACAAUGACCUUCAAUGUUCACCUGAAUUACAAUGAACAUUUUUUUUAAAGUUUUAGGUAGAACUAAAUAACAUAAGUAUUGAUUUAUAAAUAAUUUCUAGUUUAAAUACAGAGAACACUGACUUCUGAGAUUAUGGUUGCUAAAUGCAAGAAACCAUUGAACAUUUUUGGUGGGUUUUUGUUAGGGGAUUUUUGUUGUUGUCUGAUUAUUUUGUUAAUAAGGUAAAUUGCUAAGCAAAGUAGAGUUCAGUUAAUGGUCUAAAAUCUGAUCAAAACUAAGCUGGAUUGUCCUGUGUCCAAUAUUAUAUGUAUGUUCAGAGGCUUAAAUAAGCUAAUAUUUGUAUUGGCUUAAAAGUCUGCUUCUUGGAGGUCAGUCACAGUAAGAACAUCCAUCUUCUCACUGAAAUAUAAAAAUGAUACAAUUUUGGAGGCUUCUGUGGUUUGUCUUGUUUUUCUUGGUUUCCUGUGUCUGGCAUGCACAUUUCGCCAAUGCCAGAAUCCUGAAGUGUUAUCAGUUGCACAAAUUUCUGUCUGACAGUAAAGACCAAGAGACUGUCAGUUUUCUUCAUGUUAGCGUGGAUUUUGCCCACUUUGAUUUCACAACAUUUAAUAGCUUCAAGCAUGCAAGAACAUUAUGCUCCUAUGUUCUGGUCAGUAUUUUUAAGUCAAAUUUCUCUGGCUUUGAAGAAGAAAAAUAAAAGCAUACCUACUGGCAGUGCUUAACUGAAUAAAUACAAACUAAAUAUAAAUAUCACCAUAUUCGUACUAAUGCAUCUUUUGCAUAUCCUCAGGUUUCUUUUUUAAACAAUUCUUUAAAACACAGAAAAGCUUUGCAUAACAGUAAAGUUAGGGUAGUCAAAGUGUAGUUUUGGGGUUGAUUUUUUCUGGGUGGGUUUUUUUUGGCUGUCAUUAUGCUAUUUCCUCAGCAAAAACAACAUGAAAGACUCCCCGACUUUGCCCUAGCCCACAUUUUGAUUUAUUUAUAUAUUAAACCAUCAAAAUGCUUUCUUAUCUGCUUUUUAAGCCAGCAGUGGCAAGUGGAGAGAAGGAAUUUUGUGAAUUUUCUGGAAAAGUUACAAUAGUCUGCAGUAGCAAUUUCCCCAAAACUAAUGAUUAUUUGGUCUGUCUUCAAAACAGUCCACUGAAGAUUUCUGUAAUUUCCCAGGUUAUAGAUUAUUAUUCUAAUCUUAUUUACUCAACCUUGAAGUUAGUUCACUGACGUCAUUACUUGUCUUCAAGGGAACACUGACUACUGAACUUUACAGCUAACAAUUUCUGUUUUCAUUCCCUCUUUCAAGUUUUAGGCUUGUUUCAUAAUGAUGGCAUGAAAGUGGAACAGUAAUUUAAAAUACACUUAUUCUACCUCUCCUCCUCUACAGCAAAGGACAAUAUUUGAUGUGCAGCCCCACUUUCAUUUUCCCAUGCAAAGUUAUACAGCUUUAAUUAAGCACUAAGAGACUGUGAGACUAGAUGCCUGAGAAAGUUCUAUUUUACCUGAGACUCACUGACGUCUGUGGAUCAACACAGGUGUUUAAAAAAAUCAGCCAAACUUGCUGAAUUUGUUUCAUGUUUGCCCAGUACCAAGUGUAAUAGGCCACUGACCUCUGGUGUGUAUUUGAAAAACAAAAUCCUUCAAAUUCUGCUAGGAAAUCUCAUUAAGAUCUGUUCCAAAUCCUCUUCAUA